CAGCUGUAGCGACUUCCAGCACAGCCGGACCAAGCGCAUCACAAGCGAACAGUAACAUAGAUCUGACGCAGGAUGAAGGCGCGGAAGAUAAUGCUCCCGAAGAGUCUAUAGACGAGCUGUAUUGCACUAUGCGUACAAACAUUGUAGGAGUCCAGUACUACAAAGGUCUUGUUGGCCCUGGAGAAGAAGUCAGAUUAGUUCGACAGCCGACCAACCAGUACGAUAGGAACGCGAUACAAGUCAAGAACAUCGGGGGAACACAAGUUGGCCAUCUCCCGCGUCAAGUCGCGGCCAAAUUAGCCCCACUCCUAGAUCGAGGACUGGUUACUGUAGAGGGCGUCAUGCAUGAAGGAAACCUCCACGGGUUCAAAUAUUCGCUGGAAAUGACGCUCAAGAUAUAUGGAGCAGCUGAUAAAAGAAACCAACUCGAGCCCAUGCUCGUUUGGGCCACGCCAGGACAGCAAGGCUUCUCCUCGCGGAAUGCUGCGCCCUCUGCUUCCCAACGCGCGGCCGGUCCUAGCUCGAUGGGGUCCAUACAGGCUGUACCGAUGCCCUCACCCUCUCAGCAGCGCGGCAUGACGCAGGCGCAGAUACAGGCCCACCAGGAGGCGGUCAGAAAGCAGCAGGAAGCGCUACACAAAGCCCAGGAAUUGCAGCAGAUGCUGAAUGCGCUCGAGAAGGUGGAUGAUGAGAGUCGACGUAGUUCGCUGCUCGAUACUCUGUGCUCUACCGAUGAUAUCCUCAAGCUGCCGGAGCAUCCCGCUCCUCCUGGCAUUGGCACCGGUGACCUCAAAGUCGAUCUCUUAAAACACCAGAGCCAAGCAUUGAAGUGGUGCUUAGAACAUGAAUACCCUGUCUUGCCAAAAGCAGAGUCUGACAAGCCUGUUCAGUUUUGGCAACUGAGGAAAGCUGGGGCUAGGUCAUUCUACUUCAACAUUGCCACGAAAACUCCACAAGAAGCUGUGCCGGCUCUGGGGCGUGGCGGUUUGGUCGCUGACAGUAUGGGUUUGGGGAAGACCCUGACGAUGUUGGCUCUAAUUCUUGCUACCAAGCAGGACGUUUCUAAGGAAUACUCCAAGUCGACCCUCAUCGGUUUUCUGCCAGUUGUUCCUUUGUCCAUCCUCUCCAACUGGGAGAAGCAAAUCCAAGACCACGUCGUUGAUGGUGCCCUAACGUACUAUGUUUACUACGGAACUGGCCGUUCCGUGACUCCAGAACAGUUGCAACAGUACGACGUAGUAAUCACGACCUACCAGGUUGUAACGAAGGAGCACGGUGACUCAGAUUUGGCGGAGAGGUCCGGAAAGAAACGAAAACGUUCAGAACAGGGCUUGUUUGACGUGCAAUGGAAGAGGGUCAUUCUUGACGAGGGACACAAUAUCCGUAACCCUCAAACCAAGAUGGCCAAGGCUGUCUGCGGCCUGAGUGCGCAAAGGCGCUGGGUAUUAAGUGGCACUCCCAUCAUCAAUUCUCCACGGGACCUGGGCUCCAUGUUGACUUUCCUGCAAGUUUGUCGCCCCUUGGACAAUGCGGAUUUCUUCAAAAGGCUGCUUCUGCGACCUUUGAAAGAUGGCAGCCCCUCUGGUGCUGAGUUGCUACGUGCUUUGAUGAACCAAAUUUGCAUACGUCGGACCAAGGAGAUGCGAGAUAGCGAAGGCAACUACUUAGUGCCUCUACCUCCCGUGGAAAUGAUCCUGGUUCCAGUGACUCUGCACGAGGACGCACGGGCGCUAUACGACGCCGUGGAUGAAGUUUCAAGACAACGGGUCGAAGGCUUCCUUAAUCGGGAAGGAGGCUUAAACGGGGUUACCGUCCAGUCUAAUGUCCUGAGUAUGCUGACUCGACUGAGACAGCUUGCUCUUCAUCCCGGGCUUGUCCCGGUGAAUUAUCUUGAGCAGCUACGUGCUGCGGAGCAGAAUGGCGAUGCCCCGCCUCCCGUUGUUCUGACGCCCAAGGAAAAGAUUCGUCUCCAGUCGGCUCUUGCCCAAGCCAUCGAGGAUAACGAAGAAUGUCCAAUAUGUUUCAGCAUACUGUCGGACCCGCGCAUAACAAGCUGCGGUCACCCAUUCUGUUUCCCUUGCAUCUCAGAAGUUAUAGCUCGCGAUCCGAAAUGCCCAAUGGAUCGUCGACCUAUAGGCAUGGGAGACCUGGUAGAACCUCCGCCUCCUACAGAUUUGACGCAAGCCUCAGUCCACCAAGAGCAAGAGGAGGAUGAAAAUGAGCUUCGCAGGGGCUCUUCUGCGAAGAUCGAUCAGCUAGUCCAUUUAUUGAAACUGACGCCGUCAACCGAGAAGUCGCUCGUUUUCUCCCAGUUCACCACGUUUUUGGACAAGAUCGGCGAGAGGUUGGCGGAGGAAGGCAUCUCCUUCGUGCGCUUCGACGGCAAGAUGUCGGCCAAAAGACGUCAGGAGACGCUUGAGCGGUUUUCAAUCCCGCUAGAUGAUGAGUCCGUUGAUGAUGGUGUAUUGAAUGCUCCAACCUCGACCGCCCGUCCGCGACGCCAGACAAGGAAAUCGGCUGCGACAGGAACACUGCACUCGGGGUCCGGUGUAGGUCAGGAAGACGGUGACUUCGUCCCAGACGAGCAAGACGACGACGAUCCGUUCAUUGACGACGACAGUGACGACGGCGAAAAUCGGCGCCGUAAGAAGAGAGGCAGUAAAUGCAAAGCUAAAUCUUCCGCGGGCAAGGCUGGCUAUGCGGCCAUUGCGUCUGGACCGAAUCCCAGAGUGAUGCUGAUUUCAUUGAAAGCCGGUGCCCUUGGUCUUAACCUUACCGUUGCGAACAAUGUCUAUCUAUGGUGGCAGGAAGGCAUUGAAAGUCAAGCCAUUGACCGCGUCAACCGCAUUGGUCAGAAGAAACCUGUUCAUGUAUAUCAGUUGAUAGCCGAAAACACAGUAGAAUCAAAGGUCAUCGAUAUCCAAGAACGGAAGAAAAAACUUAUCAAAGAGGCUUUUGCUGGUAUUAAAAGCAAUGAAACGCCACGACAGAAGAAGGAAGCCAGGCUCCAAGAGCUUGUGGAAUUGUUUGGUCUGAGACAGCAAGCCUCCAGUCAGUCUGCUCGCGCCCAGAACUAGACCGGCUUUACACACAAAUCUUGCUUCGCCCGACCUUCAAAGCAACCACCAAUAGACUACUCGGCGACUAUGAUCCGCGUGUAUCAUAUAUCAGCAUUUUAUAAAUGGAGCCACAGAAGCGCCCUACUUGUUCACUGCAAACUUCUCUGCCUCCC